AUGGGUCUCCAUCAGCUUGUGUCGUUCUGUAGGAAUGACAGUGGGGGAAUGACCUGGGGCCAGGGGCCUCCUUUGAGUUCAGAGAAUGAGUUUGUGUACAUGGUGGAAGGGUACUGCAGUGUGGACAUACCUUCCCAAGACAAAGACUAUGAGCAGGAAUGGUACAACAUGCCACACUGUAACAGUGAGACGACAGAGUAUUCAUUCACCACAGUUGGAGAGAUGAGGGGGUCACGUCAAGUGGUCAGUGCUGGGGGCAUGUUUGAGCUGCAGAUUCGACAGUGGCAGAACCCUUUGGGCCUUCUUCAGAACGGCGAGUGUUGUGACCUCCCAUCCAACAGGGGGCAGCGAUGCCCACUGAGCGAUCAGUGUGACACUUUCUUCCGUGCCUGCCUAAAAGAGUACCAGGCUCGGGUGGCGGCCACAGGCACCUGUACCUUUGGCACAGGGAGCACCACUGUCCUGGGGGGCAACUCAAACUCCCUUCGCCACCACGGGCACGAGGGGAGCGGAGGAGGGGAGGGCAGUAACGGGCACAUUGUUAUCCCCUUCAAAUAUGCCUGGCCAAAAUCAUUCUCCUUGGUGAUAGAAGUUUUUGACCACGACAAUGAAACAUCAGAGCAAGGGAAGGAGCAGCUAAUUGAGCGAGUGUUGUUGUCCUCCAUGUUGAACCCCGGUGAACAGUGGCAGACAUACAGGCACCACGGCAGUCAGUUCAGUCUGGAGUACCGGCUACGCUUCCGCUGCGACUCCAACUACUACGGCCCGCUCUGCAACAAGUUCUGCCGCGCGCGAGAUGACUUCUUCGGCCACUUUGACUGCGACCCAGUCGGUACUAAGGUCUGCAAAGAGGGCUGGACAGGACCAGAGUGCCGACACGCUGUGUGUAGGCAGGGAUGCCACCCUACCCACGGUUCCUGCAGUCUACCUGGUGAAUGCGAAUGUAACUAUGGCUGGAAGGGGGAUCUGUGUGAUGAGUGUGAGACAUUUCCAGGGUGUGAACAUGGCACCUGCACUGAGCCCUGGAAGUGUGUGUGUGACACCAACUGGGGCGGCCUGCUCUGUGACAAAGAUCUGAAUUACUGUGGGACUCACCAGCCGUGUAAAAACGGUGGAACCUGCUCGAACACUGAGCCCAAUGAGUAUCAGUGUGAGUGUCAGGAAGGGUUCAGUGGUCGUAACUGUGACAUUGUGGAGCAUGCCUGCCUGUCCUCUCCAUGUAUGAAUGAAGCUACAUGUGUCGAGAACCCAUCAGGCUUCAGCUGUGUGUGUCCACAUGGCUGGACUGGACCCACCUGUGCAGUCGCCGUGUUACAGUGUGCCUCCGGCCCAUGUGGGCGUGGAGCUACGUGUCAGGAGUCACCACAGGGUUUCCAGUGCCUCUGCCCACCAGGCUGGACUGGUAGAACUUGCCAAAUAGACACCAAUGAGUGUGAAGUGGGCAUUUGCAUAAAUGCAUACUCUUGCCGCAACCUGAUUGGUGGAUACCUGUGCAGCUGCCUUCCGGGGUGGGUGGGGCAGAACUGUGACAUCAGGAACAGCAGCUGCCAGGGCCUGUGUCUGAACGGAGGACACUGUGAGGACUCUACCUGUAUGUGUCUGUCGGGUUUCUCUGGGAAGUACUGCCAGUCAGUGGUUAAUGCAUGUGACAGCGCCCCCUGUCUGCACGGAGGUCAGUGCAUGGAGCAGCAGGAAGGCAGUGGCAUGAGUUGCAACUGUCCACUUGGCUACACAGGGACAUUCUGCGAGGUGGUUGUGGACCUUUGUAAUCCCAACCCAUGUCAGCAGGGGGUGCCAUGUCACAGUACAGAGGGUGGUUAUAUGUGUGCCUGUCCUGACGGUUACUAUGGGAAGGAGUGUAUGAGCGUGAAGGACCCCUGUCAUGGACAGCAUUGUGAAGGAGCAGUGGCGGACCCAGCUGAGGGUGGGCUGAGUCUGUAUAUGGUGAUGGUGGGUGUGUUUGCGGUGGUGGUUGCCGGGGGCUGCACGGUGUGCAUUCUGCUGGUGUCCCGGCUACACCGCCGUCACAGGACUAAACAGCAGCUGCAGACCUCUGUGCCCAGGGACACCGCCAUCAACAACCAGAGAGAGUUCUGCACCCUCAUCCGUAACCUGGACCGCAGCGUGGCUUUGCUACCCCCGCCCCAAACCACGCCGGCCCCCACACACGCCCCCGUGCCUACGCUGCACUGUGAGGAGAUAGAACUCACAUUGCCACCCUCACCUGCUCCCUCUCACUAUUCACCUGCACUCAAACCCAGCAACGUGCCCAAACUGGACAUCUGUAACAGAGAGAGAGAAAAACUCAACCGCUUUCACUAUGCAGACAACCAAGAGCUGGAAGUGUAA